AGUAAGCGUCGGACGCUCGUUCGUUGUGGUUGCGUCACAAUGUCUUUCGAGGACAUUAUCUUAAAAGUUAAGGCGCAUCCCGAGUUAUGGUUGUGCACACAUCAGUAUUACAGAAAUAGAGCAGUUUGCUCACAAACUUGGAAACAAAUUACUAAAGAACUGGACGCUGAUGAAUGGACAGUUAAGAAACGUUGGAAGCAUUUAAAGGAUCAAUACAGAAAGGAACUAAAGAAAAUAUUAUCAAAACGUUUGGCGAUGUCAAACUGGCAUUAUUACAAUGACCUGAGCUUCAUUACCGAUGAGGUGUUAACCGGAAGACACGGAGUCAAUAAAAAUGCUAACUCUAAUAAUGUUGCAUCAGAAAACGAAUCAGAUAGCGAUGAACAACCACUUUUAAGAAAGAAAAAUCCGCAACAAGAACCUAUUAAUAGACAACCUCGCUCAUCGGAUCUUGUAAAGCGAGGUUUAAACGCAAAGAAAAAGCCUUUGAUAAUGAAACAGUUAAAAGAAUUAAAAGAUUUGAUUCAAAGCAAAAAUAAAACAAUGGACGAUGAAUUGAGGAAUGACGCUGAUUAUCUAUUUUUAAUAAGCCUAUUGCCGACUAUUAGGAAGUUAUCGGAUCUACAAAAAUUACACUUUAGAGGUAAAGUUAACGAAUGGCUACUACAAACUCUGUCGCAAUACCAGUUUACGAAUGUUUGUGAUAAUAAAAUAUACGUCCAAGAUCAAUUAAAUGAAAGUCAACCUUGACGUUGAUUUAUAUGCAAAAACAAAAUUCUUGUCAUAUAUUUGAAGCUACGUAUGUUUAUAGUAUUUUGUAGCAAACGUCUGAAGUAGAACUCGUAAAACAAAGUUACUAUAACCUUCUAAAUAUAAGAGGAAACUUAUUCGCAGACGUGAGAUAUUUACGGAGUUUUUAAAAUUAAAUAUUAUUUAAUAGUAAUGUUCGAACAUUCAAUUUGUUUUAAAAACCUUUCAUAAAUUUGGAAUUUAAUAUUAAUAUAAGCACUUUAAAAUUGUGUGUAUAUUAAGACUGAUUAAAAUUUUAUUUAAUAGAUACACCUUUAAAUACUUC